AUGGUGGCAUUAGGCAUCCUGAGUUCUAGUCCCAGUAAACAACUUCAUGAAAAACAUGCUACAAGUGUUGUCUACCUGUGUUCGGGGGUCCAUCCUAAUUUAGAAGCCAAACUCCACAUGACCCCCUUAUGUCCUCUGGACUCUGGAAAAAAGAAUGAUGCAAAAUUUAAUGUCAAGGAUACCUGGUCUGUGGCUCAGAUCAACACCGUUCCAGCCAUCUCUGUGUCUAAGUGGAAUCUGAAAGUCCCACCUCUUCUACUCAUCCAUUGGCUGCUCCCAGCUGUAUUGAUCAAUCGAAAAACAGUUAGAGACAAGGACCUUCAGAGUUUACAGGCAGUUUCCCAAUCAGAGCAUCAGAGCCAUGCCCUUCAUUUUACUGCUGAGAGUGCAGUGACUUAUGAGGACGUGCAUGUGUACUUCAGUGAGGAAGAGUGGGCUUUGCUGGAUCCUUCCCAGAUGAAGCUGUACAAAGAUGUCAUGCUGGAGACCUACAGGAACCUCAGUGCUAUAGGAUUUAAUUGGGAAGUCCAAAAUUUUGAAGAACAUUGUCAAAGACCUAGAAGACUCAGAAGGCAUGAAAGAAGUCAGAGUGCAGAGAAACCCUCUGAAUAUACACAAUAUGGUAAAGCCUUUGCUUUAAAUGCUCACAGUCGUGCUCAAAGACAUGAAAGUUUUCAUAUAGAAAAGACACCUCAUGAAGUUAUUCAGUGUGUCGAAGCCUUUGCACCUUACACAAGUCUCCAAAUAAGUAAAAGAACACAAAUUGGACAAAAACCUUAUGAAUGUAAUCAAUGUGGUAAAGCGUUCUUACAUCCCUCGAGUCUUCACAUGCAUGAAAGGAUUCAUACUGGAGAGAAAUCCUACAAAUGCAAUGAAUGUGACAAACCCUUUUCCCCACAUAUUAGCCUCCAAAUUCAUAAAAGAACUCAUACUGGAGAGAAACCCUACAAGUGUAAUGAAUGUGAUAAAGCCUUUUCCCAUCAAUGUUAUCUCCUGAUGCAUAAAAGAACACAUACAGGAGAGAAACCCUUCAAAUGUAAUCAAUGUAAUAAAGCCUUUUCCAAAAAUAGUAGUCUUCAAAUACAUAAAAGGAUACAUACUGGAGAGAGACCCUACAAAUGUAAUGAAUGUGAUAAAGCCUUUUCUCAACACUAUAACCUCCAGAUACAUAAAAGAAUACAUACAGGAGAGAAACCCUACAAAUGUAAUCAAUGUAAUAAAACCUUUUCCCAACAUAUUAGACUCCAAAUUCAUAAAAGAAUUCAUACUGGAGAGAAACCAUACAAAUGUAAUGAAUGUGAUAAAGCCUUUUCUCAACACUAUAACCUCCAGAUACAUAAAAGAAUACAUACAGGAGAGAAACCCUAUGAAUGUAAUCAAUGUGAUAAAACCUUUUCCCAACAUAUUAGACUCCAAAUUCAUAAAAGAAUUCAUACUGGAGAGAAACCCUACAUAUGUAAUGAAUGUGAUAAAGCCUUUUCCCAAUGCAGUCACCUCCAGAUGCAUAAAAGAACACAUACAGGAGAGAAACCCUACAAGUGUAACUUAUGUGAUAAAGCCUUUUCCCAAAACAGCAGUCUUCAAAUACAUAAAAGAAUUCAUACUGGAGAGAAACCAUACAAAUGUAAUGAAUGUGAUAAAGUUUUUUCUCAUCAUUGUUACCUCCGGAUGCAUAAAAGAACACAUACAGGAGAGAAACCCUUCAAAUGUAAUCAAUGUAAUAAAGCCUUUUCCAAAAAUAGUAGUCUUCAAAUACAUAUAAGGAUACAUACUGGAGAGACACCCUACAAAUGUAAUGAAUGUGAUAAAGCCUUUUCCCAACACUGUAACCUCCAGAAGCAUAAAAGAAUACAUACAGCAGAGAAACACUACAUAUGUAAUCAAUGUGACAAAGCCUUUCCCCAACAUAUGAAACUCCAAAUUCAUGAAAGAAUUCAUACUGGAGAGAAACCCUACAAAUGUAAUGAAUGUGAUAAAGCCUUUUCCCAGCACUGUAACCUCCGAAUGCAUAAAAGAACACAUACAGGAGAGAAACCCUACAAAUGUAAUCAAUGUGAUAAAGCCUUUUCCCAAAACAGUAGUCUUCAAAUACAUAAAAGAAUUCAUACUGGAGAGAGGCCGUACAAAUGUAAUGAAUGUGAUAAAGCCUUUUCACGACACAGUAGCCUUCAGAACCAUAAAAAAAUUCAUACUGGAGAGAAACUCUAGAAAUACAAUCACUGUGGUAAAGCCUUCUUACAUUCCUGAAGUCUUCACAUGCCUGAAAGGAUUCAUACUGGAGAGAAACCUUAGAAAUGUGAUGAGUAUGGCAAAGCCUUUUCCCAACAUAAUAGUCUCCAAAUACAUAAAAGUAUACAUACUGGAGAGGAACCCUACAAAGAUAAUCAACGUGAUCAGACCUUUACAAACCACAGUCAUCUUAAACAGUAUGGAAGCAUUCAUACUGGAGUGAAACCCUGCAAGUAUAUUCCAUGUGACAUAGCCUUUUCCCAACAUUAUAAUCUACAAACUCAUAAAAGAAGACAUACUAGAGUGAAACCUUACAAGUGUAACCAGUGUGCCAAAGCCGUUUCAAAAGAAGGUCAUCUCCAAAAGCAUAAAUGAAUACAUACUGGAAAGAAAACCUGCAAAGUUAAUGAAUGUAAGAAAGACUUUUUACAAUGCUAUCCUUUCUGAAUGUGUAAAGAACAUACUCGAGAAAAACCUUAUGAAUGUGAUCAUAGUAUUAAUUGUCAUGAACAUAUUUAUAUUGCCAAGAAACCUGAAUAGAAGCAAUGUGGUAAACCCUAUGCCUAGCAUGGUUAUCUAAUGCAGGAAGAGUAGGUACUGGAGAUACAAAGACAGACAGACAGACAGACAGACAGACAGACAGACAGAAACACACAUAGAAAGACCUUAUAACUGUACAUAAUAUGGUAACCCUUUGCAUAUCACAGUCAUCUUAGGACACAUAAAGGAGAACAUAAUAUACUUCAGAAUACAUAAAAGAACACGCCGGAGAGAGAAAACCUUUGUGAAUAAUGUGGUAAGGCCUUUGCAGCUAACAUUUAUCACUUAAUGUAUAAAAUAACACAACCCUUUUAGAAACCUCAUGAAAGUAAGCAGUGUGGUAAAGCUUGUUCAUGUACUAAUCAUUUUUGAAAUCAUGAGAAAAAUCCAUGCUGCAGGGAACACCUAUAAGUGUACUCAAUGAA